UUUCCAUCCCUACCUGUCCAUCUCUACCUGUCCAUCUCCACCUGUCCGUCUCCACCUGUCCAUCUCUACCUGUCCAUCUCCACCUGUCUGUCUCCAACUGUCCAUCUCUACCUGUCCAUCUCUACCUGUCCGUCUCCACCUUUCCAUCCCUACCUGCCCAUCCCUACCUGUCUGUUUCUAGCUGUCUGUCUCUUUGACAGGUUGAUGGCAGUAGAGGAGGAGUUAAAGAAGGAUCACUCUGACAUGCAGGCUGUGGUCGACUCCAAACAGAAGAUUAUAGAGGCUCAGGAGAAGCGAAUAGCGAGUCUGGACGCGGCAAACACUCGCCUGAUGGCAGCGCUGACUCAGCUGAAGGAGCGGUAUGCUGUGACAUCACAGAGGAACGGCCUGUCUCCUAGCAACACGUCGUCCCUGCAGAUCACUGAGAACGGAGAGUUCCGCAACUCAAGCAACUGCUGAGCUCAUUGGUUGUGACUGCAGGGAGGGGGCGGGGCCUGAGGCAGAACUAACUCAUCAAACACACAAUUUUUUUUAAAUCAACAGAUUAACAUUGUCAAUGUCAAUCAACACUCAGUUCUUCUAGCCUGGCUGCGCCCCCGAUCCCAGGUUACCAUCCAUUUUGAUUUGCAUGUUUCUUACGACAGCUGACAUCACAUCCUGUUUCCUUCCUCUGAUCCAAUCUGAUUAACUCCAGAUGUUUAUGGCUCAAACAUACAAGCAUCAUUUUUCAAGGAACAGUCCAACACUUUUGUCUCAGUCUGUGUACAGAGACAGGUCCUGGUCAGCCAAGCUUAGUAUUAGCUGGGAAGCAGAGGGAGACUGACCUAGUUAGCCUAGCCUAGCUCCAUCUAAGCAGAACAUUAAUGGGACUGUUGCGUUGUCGUCGCUUCCUUAGCGCCGAACGUUGUAUGCGUUAUUUUGUGUUAAUUUUACUGAUUUAAUGUCAGAUGCUAUUGUGAGACAGUAAAAACUUAAAUUGUGAUGAAACGUAUGUUAGAAAACACACACACACACACACACACACACACACACACUGCUCCCUGCUGGACUCUGUUCAAUGUUGCUUCUGUCUCUGUAUUUAUUUUCUUCUUAUCGAUAUUUAUCAAUAUUUAUAAAAGA